AUUAUUAUUCAAUUUGACUCUACACUCAGGUACACGGCUUGACUUGACGAGCCUAGAACUUGCUAGCAGCUGCCAAUUAAAUUUGUUCCAUUGCUUCCCACUUCCUGCAGCACGCCAGCUCCUUGACUCCUUUCCCCCUCCCCACGAUGACCUCCCUCUUCUUCUCCACCCCGGUGGACAUCGACGUGGUUCUCGAAGAUAGCGAUGAGCGCCAAACGGUGGACGUCAAGUUGGACAAGGGCCGUCGCGAGAGGGUCCCUCUCUACAUGGACGGCGAGUCCGUCAAGGGAGCCGUGACCGUCAGACCCAAGGAUGGAAAGCGGUUGGAACACACUGGCAUCAAGGUGCAGUUUAUCGGUACUAUUGAAAUGUUCUACGACCGCGGCAAUCACUACGAAUUCCUCUCCCUGGUACAGGAGCUGGCGGCGCCCGGCGAGCUGCAGCACCCGCAGACCUUCCCCUUCAACUUCAAGAACAUCGAGAAGCAGUACGAGUCCUACCACGGCAUCAACGUCAAGCUGCGCUACUUCGUCCGGGUGACGGUCUCCCGGCGCAUGGCGGACGUGAUCCGCGAGAAGGACCUCUGGGUAUACUCGUACCGCAUGCCCCCGGAGACCAACAGCCCCAUCAAGAUGGACGUCGGCAUCGAGGACUGCCUGCACAUCGAGUUCGAGUACUCCAAGUCGAAAUACCACCUGAAGGACGUCAUCGUCGGCCGCAUCUACUUCCUCCUGGUGCGGCUCAAGAUCAAGCACAUGGAGCUGUCGAUCAUCCGGCGCGAGACCACGGGGUCGCCGCCCAAUCAGUACAACGAGAGUGAGACGUUGGUGCGGUUCGAGAUCAUGGAUGGGUCGCCCUCUCGAGGUGAAACUAUUCCCAUUCGUCUCUUCCUCGGCGGAUUCGACCUGACACCCACCUUCCGCGAUGUCAACAAGAAGUACUCGACGCGAUACUACCUCAGCCUGGUGCUUAUUGACGAGGACGCCCGCCGCUACUUCAAACAAUCCGAAAUCGUCCUCUACCGCCAAGCGCCAGAGAUCGCCCCCACCCCGCAAAUCGCCCAGCAGCAGCAGAUCCAGCAGCAGCAGUUGCUCCAACAGCAACAGCAACAGCUGCCCGUCGGCUCGGCCACCCCGGGUCCCGGUCGUAGUGAAGCCCAUCAGCAGAACCAUUUCGCGCAGCAGCAGCAGCAGCAGCAGCAGGCGGCUCAAUCUGUUCCUGCUUCUGCGGCUUAGCUCUCUGCUUGUUUUGUUAUAAUCAUUCGAGCUAAAGGAUGCGUGAGACGUUUUGCCCGAUUGAGAUGGUGGUUGUUCUUGCUUUGAUUGGUAGGGUAAGGGCGGGCUGGGGCUGGGGCUGAGCUGGAGCUGAGAUGAUUUGUACUUGUACUUUAUUUCAUAUAUACCCUUGC